AUGUCGUUCUUCCGCGGCAGCAGCAGCACCGGCGGCGGCGGCGCCGCCGCCGACGUCCCCGGCGCAUGGCCGACGAGCAUCGGUGUGCCGGAGACGCUGGAGCUCCACCGCUACUGCCUCCUUGUGCCGCCGGGCUGCCGUCUUCCACGCAACUGGAAGAUCGACGCGGACGGCUACGCGACGCCGGGUCCCGGCGCGACGGAGGAGGAGCUCCGCAACCACAGCGGCGGCCGGGACAAUAUCGAAGGCCGGAAGCGGUUUUGGUGCGGGAAGGACUAUUGGGAGGUCAUGGCCACCUUCCGCCUUGCGGCGGCCGGCGAGACCCCCGACCUGACGGGCCGUAGCGGCCGUCUUCGCGCACCGCCUCCACCGCACGAUCGCCACAGACGUGGCGGCGGCCACGGUGUGCACCCGGCACCGGCGCCCGCGCCGGCCGCCCCUCCCUCGCCGCCGGGGAUAGACUUGCCGCCGGAGCAGGUCAUCCUCCGCGAGGACGGUGACCCGGAUGACACACCGGGGUACCACGUGGCCGUACGGGCAUCGGAGGCUGCAGCGGCGGCGGCGGAGGCGAUGGAGGCCGCCGAGAUUGCGGCCGCAAUCCAGGCGGCCGAGGCGGCGCAGCAGGCGGCGAUGGCAGCGCCGGAGUGGCAGCAGGUGCCGCCGGAGUGGCAGCAGGAGUGGGAGCAGGCGCCGGCGGAGUGGCAGCAGGCUCCGGCGGAGGAGGAGGAUUCCGACGACGAUCCGGUGGACUGGGACGACCUCGCCAACCGGUCCAGCAGCGACGAUGACGGCGGCGACGGCCCGGCUGUGAUUGAUCUCGUUGAUAGCGACAAUGAGUAG